GUGGCACAAAUAAGGGUGCCCGAGAGGAUUAAUCUCCGCUCGUGUCAAUUUAAUAUUACAUGACCAAAGAUGUCUGCCACCAGAUACCGUCGGUUCCUUAAACUGUGUGAGGAAUGGCCCCGAGACGAGACCAAGAAGGCGCGGGAUCUGGGGACAUUUCUGCGGCAGAGAGUGGCUUCUGCGUUCCGCGAGGGUGAAAACACGCAGCUUGCAGAUCCAGAGAAAUGUGACCAGAUGUAUGAAAGUUUGGCUCGCAUUAAUGGAAAUGCAUACAGACAGCGGUUUCCUCGUGUGAGAGACACAAGUUUUACAGGAGUUACAGCGGAGGAGUGUCGAGUACUUUUGUCAGGCAGUAUGAGGCAGGGCAUGGAUGAGGAAAAGAAAGGUUUAUGGAAGUCGCUAAUGGAGAGAUUCUCCUCCAAAUCACCAGAAGACGGUCCAGAAAAAAGCUCCUGAAAAAUAACAUUUUUCUUUUCUAUGUUGCUUGUAUAGAAAUAAAUAUUAUCUUUGUGGAUUUGUCUUUUAUGGACUAGUAAAAUCUUUAAAUCAUCAAUAUUGCUUCUCAAAAACAAAACCAGAACACCUGCAACAACCAAAAAACGUUUCUAACAGCAAUUGCAAUACACUAUCACUUGAUAGGCAAUAGUCGGGCUGUUAAUAUGUCACAUGGAAAAAUCAGAAACUUAAAGGACAUGGAGGAAAUGAAACAUUAAUAAUGGAGGACACAAGAAGGGAGAGAGAAGAAAUACAUUUAAGAAAGCAUACGUGGGAAAAAAUGAGGAAUAACACCAAAAAGGAAGGAAGAAAUGGGGACUCGAUGAGAUGACAUUGUUCUGUUCACACAGGCUAACGAUGAAUCCUGCUGAAUCUUGAAAGACUAUGAUAGAUUAGACUGA